UUCAAUCCAAACUCGAAGAAGCGCGAGAGAAACCAAAUACUUCGAAGAAGAAGAAGAAGAAGAAGAAGAAGAAGGACGAGGAGGAGGAGGAGGAGGAGAAGGUUAGCUUUGAAUCCUUCUUCUCUUUCGAUUGCAUUUCUCUCUUUCUCUCUAGGAUGUCUUUCUUUUCGAUUGGUCUUGUUUCCCGCUUUGAUUUCUCUGGAUCAUCUCUUGCUGAAGCUUUGAUUUGAUUGGGACAUCGAUCAUCUGACCCCCAUCGGCUUCUCUCUUGUGCUUUCUCGUUGGAAUUGGAGGUUUUCGAGCUCUGAGUCGCCGGACAAGGCCGAUUGGUUGCGCUCCCGCGGGGUUUUGCGCACUGGGAGAAUGAAAUUUGUGUUGUCGUUCUUCUCUCCGAGGUUGGGGGAAUUGGGUAUUGCUCUUCUGGUCUGCAAGAAGAUGAGAAAACUCUAAUUUCUUUGAAACCUGGAUCCCAAUUGAUUGGCAAGGCCUGGGAAAGAUCAAACCUUUAUCAUUUUGUUGCAUUGCAUGGCCAAUUCGCAUUGAGCGAUGUCGCCGUCGCAGCCAGCCCGUAUCAAUCUCAGCGACCUCAAAUCCCAGAUAUGGAGAAAGCUUGGUCCGGAGCGCUCCCAACGGUACUUCAGUUUUCUGAAUAGGUUUCUAUUCCGGAAGCUUGGUGCAUCUGAAUUCAAGAAGCUUUGUUUCCUGACCUUUGGUCGUGAGAACAUCCAUUUGCACAACAAGCUUAUCAGUGGGAUACUCAGGAAUGCACACUAUUCCAAGUGUCCACCGCCAUUGAAGCCUCCUGUUUCACUGGGGAAGAAUUUGCGGAAAAAGGAUGAUGCUUUCAGUCCGUCUCUUGCACCUACUCCGCCGAAUCAAGUCUGGUCCAAUGGUGACAUCUUGCCACCUUCUCCUCGGAAAGUGAGGUCUGCCAUUCGAGACAGGAGGAUCAAAGACCGCCCGAGCCAUCUUCUUGGACCAAAUGGUAGAACAGAUAUGGGUGCUAGUCAAAGUCUUGCAUUGGCCGAUGAGUUUGGUGUUAGGGCUAAUGGCAGUUUGGUUCUAAGCAGCUCAAAGAGUCCAGUGGUGCAACAUCAGCAUGACAGUGCAGCAGAGCAGCAGGUGAAGAGACAGCAGAAGCUGAAUUUGGUGCCAGAUGAUCAGGCCCCUGUACAUGAUAAGGACUUGGUCGAAACAGUCUCUCAGGAAGAUGGAGCUGAAAUGAGUAAUGGUUUGAACUCCAGAUGCGAUCCUCUAAAGGCUCCACUUGGGAUCCCAUUCUGUCCUGCUAGUGUUGGUGGUGCACGGAGAUCUUUGCCUUUAGUUACCGGCUCUGGUAUCAGUGGUUAUUGUAGUGGAUGUGGCAGUGGUGAAUUGUGUGAUACUGAGAUUUUGAGGAGGCGAAUGGAAAAAAUAGCUGAAGUUCAUGGCCUAGAAGGAGUAUCCAUGGACUGUGCUAAUUUACUCAAUAACGGAGUAGAUGUUUAUUUGAAGCGAUUAAUAAAGUCCUGCAUUGAGCUUGUAGGAGUAAGGUCCAGGCAUGAUAGAUUAAAUCACUCUUUGUUGAAGCAGCGAUCUUAUGCCAAUGCAGUCAAUGGUGUCUGGCGAGGAAAUCACUUGCAUGUACAAAGUGAUCAUAUGCCUUUGAAUGCCAUAAACCAGCUGAAGAACCAUCGUUCAAUAUCUUUACAGGAUUUUAAGGUGGCAAUGGAGCUAAACCCAAAGCAAGUUGGGGAAGACUACCCAUUGUUGCUUGAGGAAAUAUGCUUCCAUUCAUUUGAAGAAUAACAAAGAAUAGAAGGCUAAUUUUUUCUUCUGGUUUUAACAAACCAUGGUCUGUUUCACAUCUAAAGAUCUCAAGAGCUGCCCUUCAAGGGCAAUUUAGGCAGGGGUUCACCCAGCUAUAUAGCUAUUCAUUUGAUCAUACCGGAAGUUUUAUCUUAAGACUGUGCUUUGAGUACUGUGAUCUAUAUGUAUAGCAGGUAAAUUUGUUGCGCUUUUAAACAUUGAUGAAGCUGUAUCCUGUUCCCACCACAGCAGAUACCUAUAAUUGAAAUUGUAAUUUUCAGCCUAUUCAGAGUGGGCUCUAGAGAUAGUUUUGCAGAGAUACUGUUCUGUAACUUAGUAUAGGUUCAAUUAAUUCCUCUGAUUUUUGCAGUUCUGCAGUUAUGUAUCAUCCAUUAGAAAAUUUUCUUGCUUGAUUUCAAUAGUAACAGCUCCUUUUCAUCCCCAUAAUUUUGGGUUAUGAGCUUUAUAUUUUGAAUGUGCCAAAUGAUAUGCUUCUGUAGAAUGUUCAGUGCCCAUUUUUGCUGAUUUCUUUAGCAAUAUUUCGUAUGUUUUCGCAAUAUAUUAUUUGGCAGUUCUAUGGCCUGCUGCAUCCUAGCAUUUAAAUUUUUUAUAGUGGUAAGUAUAUUUCUUCUCAUAUUAAUCUUUUAAAAUUUCUUCUAUUAGUUGAGAAAUCUAAGCACUUGUCUUGGAAGGGAAUAUUCAGAGCAGUUAUAGAUGUCUUUCAUGGUUUUGCAUCAUGUAAUGCUCAGGUACAUGAACAAGACCUACUAGCAGAAUAUUUGUUGAAAUAGCAAGCCAUGGAUUGGUUUCUUUACUUUUCCCUCUACAACAUUGUAUAGAACAGGUAUGAAGACAAAACUUUUUCCUCUAAUUGUAUUGCUGUUUGACUGUGAUAUAUAGCAAUGCUUUGAUAUUGCUGAACACACUGAUAUUCUACUUUCAUAGGAUCAUAUGUCUGUUUGUCGAGUUCAGUUUAUCUAAUUUAUAUUGUAUAAUCAGGCUCAAGUGCUCUAUUAAUAGUAAUUCUUGUGCCCUUUUUUUUAAUGUAGAGUUCUGGUUUUGAUUAAAAAGUUUUAGUAAGGUUUAUUCAGUAUAGCUCUAGUUGAUUUUGUGGCCAUGCACUUAAGUCUUUGGAACAGGUAGGCAUAUAUAUGCAUGUUGGUAUUAAGGUUUAUUUAGUAUAGAAUAUAGUUGAUUUGGUGGCCAUGCACUUUAAUCUUUCAUAUCCCUUUUCCUGUGGAUACUUUGACAUUGCCUUUCAUUGAUAAUCAUGUGACAAUGAUCGCUCUCGGAUGUAUUAAUUCAGAAAUUCUAUGGAGCACAUAAAUUGCUUGAUUGUCAAUGUCACUUGUCUUCCUCAUUCUGCUUGCUAACAUUUAUGGUUCUUGCUUAACUUGUUAGUGGGAAUCUCUUUUUUUCUUGAUAUAGA